GAGAGCAAGAAAUGGGGGAGUGGUGGGAGAGAGAAAGGAGGCGAGAAACAGAGUGAAAGGCUCCACACGGCAGAAUAUAAAUCUGUAUGUUAACAGGACUAAAGCUCGGGGGUCUUGAGGUGGCUUUAGUGCUGAUGCUGCUCGGGGGGUGAUUAAAAAGCCUCAAGAGGUGGUCUUCUUUCUUAACUGUGGAUCUGUGCAAAAAAGGAAGUGGAACCCGUGGAAUCAGUGAACGCCGGUGUGUCAGGCACGGUGGUGGGCUGGUCGGAGGUCUCUGACCCCCUCAUUUUCAUUUCUUGGAAGAAAAGAGAAGCGCUAAGAGACACCAGAGAAAAAGGAAGGUGACAGCGAGGGACCAGUGAGCCAUUUCUCUCUUUAUUACUCUCAUUCAGAAAACCAUUGCAGCCUAUUAUCAAUGCGAUGUAGAGGCAUUCUCUCCGAUUGGAGGAGGAAGGGUCCCAUUGACUGCUGAGGCUUAGCGCCCCUCUUUAAACGCUAGUCCUUUUCAUCUCAUUCCCCCCUCUCAUUGCCUAUAUCCUUCUGUCUGCUGUUUUCUGUUCUCUUUCCUUGUCCCUUCCUUUUGACUCGACUUAGGAAUCAGGAGACAUUGCGUUUUUAGUAGAAGUGGGUGUUUCUGUCAUUGUUAUUGGUGCCUCUGCAAAGGACAGCUGAGCGUGGAGAGUGAGAGACAGCUUUGGAGAUAAUAAAACGGCAAACUGAACGAAAAGGGGGGACCUGGCACUCCAGGAACAGCUGACAAACCAAUGGCAUGUGAGACGCGAUGAAAAGAAAAGUGUUACAGAAUCUGACAACCAUUUUAAGGUAGCUAUUUACUGAAAAUAUUUCUCCUUCUUGGAGGAAAAAAAGAGACAGUGUGCCAAACAUCACUGCUGGUCACAUUUUGCUUUUCCUGUUGCUAAGCACAGUCUCUAACCUGAAGUUCAUUGUGAGUACUGAGCAUCACUUUACAGCCAUGAAAGGAAGCUCAGAGGAAAGCAUUGAAAGUGUCAGGCCCUCGAACCUGCAAGCAUUUGCCAACAUAUCCACCCUACAUGGCAUGAGUCACAUAUUUGCCUACGGACAUAUGACAUUUCGUCGAUUUCUUUGGACUAUUUCUUUCUUGGGCUCAUUAAGCUUACUGAUGCUGGUCUGCAUGGAUCGGGUGUCGUAUUACCUAGAGUAUCCUCACGUCACCAAAUUGGACGAAGUGGCAGCCACAAACCUCACCUUUCCUGCUAUUACCUUCUGCAACCUCAAUGAAUUUCGUUUCUCCAAAAUCACUAAAAAUGACCUUUAUCAUGUUGGAGAGCUCCUGGCCCUCCUUAACAAUAAUCACCAGAUCGCCAACCCACACUUGGCUGAAGCUGAGGUUCUGGCUGUGCUAAAGGAAAAGGCGAACUUCCAGAACUUCAAGCCCAAGCUCUUCAAUAUGACAGAUUUCUACAACCGAACAGGGCAUGACAUCGGUGACAUGCUUCUGCAGUGCACCUUUCGGGGAGAGGAAUGCUUCGCUGUAAAUUUCACCACAAUUUACACACGCUACGGGAAAUGCUACACCUUCAACUCAGGGUUAGAUGGCAACCCUCUGCUGACCACAUUGAAAGGAGGCACAGGGAAUGGCCUGGAAAUCAUGCUGGAUAUCCAGCAGGAUGAAUACUUGCCUGUUUGGGGAGAGACAGAUGAGACGUCCUAUGAGGCCGGAAUAAAGGUACAGCUUCAUUCUCAGUCAGAGCCUCCUUUCCUCCAUGAGCUGGGCUUUGGGGUCGCCCCCGGCUUCCAAACAUUCGUUUCCACUCAAGAGCAGAGGCUUCAGUACCUCCCACAACCUUGGGGAGAUUGCAAGUCCACACCGAUAGACUCAGAAUUCUUCUCCACGUAUAGCAUCACCGCGUGCCGCAUUGACUGUGAAACCCGGUACCUGCUGGAGAACUGCAACUGCAGAAUGGUUCACAUGCCCGGUACUUCAACAGUUUGCACACCUGAGCAAUAUAAAGACUGUGCUGACCCAGCUUUAGACUUUUUGGUAGAGAAAGACAACGAUUACUGUGUCUGUCAGACCCCCUGCAACAUGACUCGCUAUGGCAAGGAGCUGUCCAUGGUAAAGAUCCCCAGUAAGGCAUCUGCUAAAUAUCUGGCUAAGAAAUUCAACAAAACUGAGCAAUAUAUUGGAGAAAAUAUAUUGGUGUUGGACAUCUUCUUUGAAGCUCUAAACUAUGAGAAAAUUGAGCAGAAGAAGGCCUAUGAAAUUGCAGGGCUUCUUGGUGACAUUGGAGGUCAGAUGGGGCUUUUCAUUGGAGCCAGUGUUCUAACAAUACUGGAAAUAUUCGACUACCUAUACGAGGUGUUUAAGGAUAAGGUUCUGGGUUACUUUGUGCGCAAGAAACGGCCGCAGCGUUGUCAGAGCGACAAUCUGGAGUUUCCAGAGAACCCAACCAGCCCUGGUGUCACGCCUAAUCAUGCCCCCAGAGCACAUGUGACACCCUCCGGAGUCACUCGGACAGUCUCGGAUUCACGCCGAACAUGUUACCUCGUCACCCGACUUUAGGCAACUUUGAGGAAUUUGCUUGUUGAUGACGCAACGCAGGGGCUGGGGCACAUUUCGAGACUUGACGGCAAACUGUGAAAUAAUUUGUGCAUUCAACAGAUAAGCAUUAAGUGUAUGCUCAAAAGCAGUAUGACAGAAAUAGAAUAUCAUCAUCAACACACACAAAAAGAGACCACUUCCAAAACAGAACUCAGGUUUAACACCCAUGUGAAGGGCAUCAAUGUUCAUUUUAUCCAUGUUUCAUUUUGUACCUUUAGUUUUGUUGAACUGUCACUUUAAAUCAAACAAUCCGCACAGACAAAUCUGUCUAAAAAUGGGUCUACUAUCUAUGUUGAGUUUUGUAACAGCAUUAUGCCAGUUUUGCUGUGUAUUAAUCAAUUGAGAAAACAACAAAUAUAGGGACUGGUAUGUGCAAAAGUGUUCAUUGUUUUCAGUACUGUAUCUCCCACCACGUAAACCAGUGCUGUAUUCAAUAACCAUAUACUUUUAAGAGGUAAUUGUUGGUUGAAAGAGCUUCUAAGACCUGAAUGAGAAUACAUGACUAAUGUUGCCUUUUGCUACAUUGAGACUAUGAAAUGUCUCUAAUUAGACAACUGUGCUUACUUGACUUUGAAAAAGAGCAGGAACUUCAAUAUUUGUACAUUUGCUAAAGCAGUAUGUGUUAUUUUACAGUUACGGUACUAUGUGACAUAUUGAACCGAAAUUUGAUUCAUUUUCAGUUAUUUUUGGUGGUGAAAAAGACAUUUGAUUGUAACUUUAGCUUAUAUUAAAUUUGUUUUGGAUCUUUUAUUUAUUUUUAUUUACAUUUUUUUUUGUGCUUUUUGUCCCAUUUUGGUUUUUAUUUAAUUCUCCCUCCCAUUUAAAUGGAUGCUACCCAAUUAUCAGUUCAAAUAACAUGUAUAUGAUAAUAUGUUUAGUCACUUAAUAGACAGAAUCUUAAAAGCACAUAUCUGUAAUUUAAUUCAUCAUAGUCAACAAGGACAUUUCAGCAAUGCAAAAGGCCAUUUCUUUCACAGUCUUCGUGUCUAAUACCUAAAAUAUUCUUUGUCUGACUCACACACCAGAUUUUUCAUUUGACAAACUAAUUUACUCCUUUUCAGAUGUUUCCUCUGAAACAGAAGUCCUACCAGAACACAUGGCCUAAUCAAGUUAUGUUUCAUAUUUGAAUUGUGAAUUCUAAAAUUGUUCUGACACUAAGUAACAUGUGGUUCUAAUAUUUACAUAUAUUGCAUUGGUACUUGGAUCAAAUGAUCUUUGAUUGUUUUGUUUUUUUCCUUUUUCAUAUGAACAUCUUGGACUGAACUUUCUAUGUUCUACACAGUCUUUGAUGGUCCUCAAAUGUUCAAAUAAUAUUUUGCUGAACUGAUUUGAAAAUUAGGUCAGGAUAACCUGCUGUAGCAGCAUUCGGCAUGCAGAUGUGAGCAAAUCUUCAUCAGUACAGACAAUUUGGAAAGUAUAGCACUAGAAAAAAAUGCUAAUAUUGAAUCAUCGCAAUGAUGUUUGUGUAGCAUUUACAUAAAUUUUGUAGCAGUACAGAAUAUGUGCCAAAUAUAUUGGUUCUCUGAAUUGUGACAGUCAUGCAAGAAAAAUAUGACAUUACUAAAAAAGGCUUUGGCUGCCUGGUUUGGCUAGAGAUCAAGUUACUAUUUCUGCAGUGCCAGACAGGUAAAAAUGUGCUUCUGCAACUUUUGUUUUCUCAAAGUCACAUAUUGUCAUGCACCAGUGAAACAUAAUGCUGAUAUGCAAUAUUGUGAUGAAGGGUUUUAAAUAGGCCUGUACAUUUGAAAUGUUCUUCUUGACUUGAAAGAAUUGGACAAUGGAUAUUUGCGGUAGGUAUCCAGUUUAGCUACUAAAUGUGAAAUUUGACAGAAAUGUUAAAAUAUAUUAAAUUAUUUUAAAUCUUUGAAACAUUUUUUUUUCCAUAUAAACUCAUUUGUGAGGAUCUAGAUGUAAGAAAAACAAUCUAGAUUAGUUAUUGUAAGACAUUUUGUACAAACAACAUUAAAAAAACAAUUAAAAAUGUCUCUUUCAAAUUAUAUGUUUGAAAGCUUUAAGACUAUUUGGAACAUAGGAGAGGUUUGAUUAUAAGUUACAGUAGCCUGCUAUAAUUUCUAGGGUGGGUUUCCUUUCUUCACUAUAAACGAGAAGUUCUGAUCACAGAUAAAUGUAAAUCAGUCCAACAAAUACAAAGUUAAAUAUUGGCACUAAAAUUCAGAACAAGAGUAAGAUAGGAUUUGAAGUUGAAUGAAAAUACUUUGACAAAACACAUAGGAAGUUGUUGAACACAUUAUUAUAAAUGUCUACUUUCAAGUUUUAUCACUAAUUUGUAAUGCCUUGCACAAUUUAUUAAUAUUUACAUUUGAUAGCUUUAAAACUUAAUUGUAUUUUUUUGGGAUUAUAUGUGAUAGACCAGCACAAUGUUCAUAUUUUGAGGUGAAAAGGCAAAAUAUUUUUCGACAUUUGGGUGCUGUAACAUCAUAGACACAAUAUCAGAUGAAGAAUAUGGUAUAAAGAAUAUAAGGUGAAAAAAUUGAAAGAGCUUAAAACAGGAUAAUCCUAAAGAAAACGUAAAGAUGAAUAUUUACCCAAACACCCUAUGAAGUCUGAUUUUCAGUUGUUCUACAUAGAAGAAUAGGAAGACAUUUUUAAUGAGGGACAUAGUUGGUGGUGAGACAGACCCCUAAAGACCUGCAGCUGUAGUUGCAGUAUUGACUCAGGGUGGCUACAUACAAAUGCAAGUCACAUUUUUCAGAUUAAAUCAUUUUUGCAUCUUUUACUUUCACCUAAAAUCUAGGACUAAUUUUGUCUAUCAUCUAAAAUCACAACAAAGUUACCCCUACGUUUAAGACUCUAAUGUAAAAAUAUGUGAAAAAGUGGGAUAAAGCACUGUAAUAUUUUGGCUGUUGCCAUCUGAAAAACUACCAAAACUAGCACUGUAAUGGGGGAAAAAAAUAAAAUAGCAACAGUGACAACAAAAGUGACAUCUUUCACUGUGAAUGAACAAGAAUGAUGCCGGAUGAUACCACAACUGAAUGCAAAAAAAUAGUGAAAGGAAAAUGUAUUCUAAACUUUUAUUUAACUGAAAUUUGAAAACACAGGCUUCACACAUAUUUACAAAUAUGGGGUCUCAAUGGGUUAUGAAGAAACACGUAAUUCUGGGAGGUAGAGCUGGGUCUCGCCUAGCCGUAUCAACUGAAGUGAAAAAAUGUUGAUGAUGUGAUGAAAUUUACAUAGACCACUUUCAUCUCUGGGGAAAAAAAUGGGUAGUUUUCAUAAAUGCAACAUUGAUUUGACUUGAACAGAAACUGUUUGGCUCGCUGCUGCCCUUCUUAUUUAAUCUGUUCUUCCAUCAUAGUGUCUUAAAGGUAUUCAGCAGCACAAUCCCAUGUGAUAGUAAUGUAUACACUACUAAGAAGAGUUUAAAAAGACUGGUGACAUUCCUAAACUUAAUAAAAACUUGUAAAUACCUGCAGUCAAAUGCUAAAAAAAAGUCACAGAUACUUAUAUAAAGCAUUGCAUAUGAAUAUUCAUAAACUGAUAAAUACACAUAGAUCUUAUUCUUUGUUUAUCCAUUAAUAGAAUUUGGAUUCUACAUCUUUUUGGGGAUUACACGCUGACUUAUAAAAUAAUUUGCCUCAAAGCAUCAUAACCAUGCUUCGCAGCACUACUCAGUUUGGUUGAUUUAUAAAGAGCUACACUGUACAAAUUGACCACUGUAUACAAACAUUAUUAUCCCAGAAAAUGUAAUAAGUCACAAAUAACAGUUUGUGAUGUAUAAAUGAUCUAGUAUAAUAAACUAUAUUUACCCAUCCAUGCUUAAGUACACAACUUUUCUUAUCUUGGUGUCAUGCUUCUUCCUCUGUUUCACUGUUAUUUAAGUCCUUGUCUCUCAAAUAUCGGACCUGUCGUUACUGAGCAAAAAGUCUCAAACCCACCUUUCUCUUUCUUUCACGUGAAAGGUUUUAUAUGUAACAGUUUCAUUUUAUGGUGUUCAAACAGCUGUAGCUUUAUUACUUUGUAGUUUGUGUAUUAGAUGACUGUUGAUGUGAAGCACAAACCCUUGGAAAUUAGCCAUCGCUUCAAAGCCAACGAUGGGAUGUCUGUGAUCCUGACAGCCUUGUGUGGCUCUAAUUUAAAAUGACACACACUGUUAAAUAUGAUGUGCCCUUGGCUCUGACAACAGGAACAGGAAAGGAGCUACCUUUAAGGCAGACUUUUUAAGAGGUUUUACAUUUUCAGGACAAAAAAAAAAGAUAAAUGGAGUUGCAAUAAAAGCAAUAAAGGUAGAUGUGGUUAUGAGAGUGGUGUAAAAAAAAAAGGAGAGGUACUUGAGCUACAUGAAUAUAGGUAAAUGUCAUUAAAUUGGAAUAUUGUUGGUGGAUUUAUUUCAGUAAUUCCAUCCAGAAAGGAAACAUAUUUUUAGCAGUUAUUGAUGUUAUUGAUAUAUAUAUAUAUAUAUAUAAUUCUGGUCCACAGUCAUUAAAAAUCCAGUAUUAAUUACAUAAGUCCAAUAAAAACAUUUUUAUGAAAAUGCUAUAUCAUUAUCUACGCAAUCAAAAAAUAUAAUUGCUGGAAAAGCUAGUUAUUCACAGAGUCCUGUAUCUGAGCAUUAUAUUGGAAAAUUCAAUGAAAGGAAAAUCUUCGUGAGAAAAAGGUGCACAAGCAACAGGGUUAAUAGGCUUGAGAUUAUAAAACAAAUUGUUAGGACAGUGCUGAUUCAGAGACAAUGUCUAAAGCAUCAUACCCAGGCUUAAAAAGGGAAUAUUGCUCAAUGGUCCAAAGUCUUCUUUUUAGUUUGAAGUAUAUUUUGCAUUACUUUUAGCAAUCAAGGUCCCACAGUCUGGAGGAUAUGGUACAGAAUCCAAGUUGCCUGACAUUCAAUUUGAAGUUUUGAUAGUCAGCAGUAAUUUGAUAUGUCCUGUUCUAGUGUUGGUUCACUGCCUGUUUUCUAAGUUCAAAAUCAGCACAGCCAACUAUCCAGACAUUUUAUAGCACUUUAUGACUCCCUGUGCUUAAAAACUAUAAGGAGAUGGUGAUUUUAUCUAUCCUCUAGACUUGUCUCCAUCCCACACUACUUUAAUUACCAAUACUAGUUUAGUGAUCAGGAUAUUACUAUACUCGAUUCACCAUCAAUCUGGAUUGCCCUGAGCCCCACCGAGAAUAAAGAUUACAGUAAAGAAGAGAAAGACAAUCACCAAACUUAACCCAGCAGACAAGCUGAAGGUCAAUAUGAAAACAGUCUGCAUUCCUUAACACGUCAGUAGAGCAACGCCGCCUCAUAAUGCAUUGAAGCAGUAAUACAUGCAAAACAAGACCUGACCGAGUAUAAAGUACAGUACAUAGACAUGCUCUUCAGUGGGCUAACAUUUUUGUAUUAAACAUUUUUUAUUGGUCUUAUGUCCUAAUUUUACAAAAAUAACAUUGUUCUGUAUUUUUAUUAGCUGAAAGUCAUAAUAUUUAAAGUCACCAAUGGUAAAUGUUUAAAUAUAUUACAGUGGUUAUUAACUUUAUAUAAUAUGAUAUAGAAUUACUGAAAUUAAUUUAUCAAUUACAUUCUAAAUUAAUGACAUUAAACAGUAUUAAGCAGCAGGAGUGGAUGUUAACAGAAAUCUGCCAAUUGUAACACAAAGGUAUGAAGGUGACCAUUGUAUAAAAUCCAUUACCAUUAAAAACAUUUAACACAGAGGUGCCAAUUCUUGUUACACUAUGAUGCUGCAUUGCUCUGAUGGAUUUGGGUGGGAGUCAAGUUACUAGGAAAAAACAAAACAAAAAAAGAAAGAAACUGACUCAACUUUUCUGCAUACUAUGGAGAUCCCACAUGAGGGCUUUGUUGGAAUGUCCCAGGUCUUUACCUCUAACCCCAACCCCUGCCUUAUUACAUGUAAAAGAACAGCAGAGUGUACCUGAGCUGGCAGAAAUCAUCAAUGAACUUCAUGAAGUUGAUAUUUACUGCAUAGCUAUAGUCAAAAUACAAGUAUUCUAAACAAACAACUAUUUUAUGCUAAUAUUUUACAGCAAAUCACACAUUUUCUCCUUGCAUGAUAUCAUUAUGUAUUCCUAAUAUAUCAGAUCUAUCAAUGUAAUGAUAGCUAUGCUGUUCACUUUGUAUUGUCCAAGGUGUAUUUCUGGAGUCAGAUGAAUCAAAAAGGGUUUUCUCCACAUCUUUAUGAAACAUAUUUGACAAUAAUACACACAAACCUCUUAGCUAUUUUAGCAAAGGUUGUUUAAAUAUAUUGCAGCUUAAACUGAAGCUAAGGUGUGCCUUUAAGACGGAUUCUUACAGGUGAUAUCAUUUUAUCCUACCUGACACACGCAUCCACAAAUAUCUGGAGACCUGGAGUUGUUUCAUCUGGCUCUACAUGCACUAUGUGUAUUUUACUGUAGAUAUGUGAUUUUAACUCUGUACAUUAAAUAGUUAUUACACACUUGA